AUGGCAGCCCCUGGGCGAGCGCACUCGGCUGGGACGGAGGCGCACAGGAGGCAGAAACCACCCAACACAACCCUGAAGCUGCUGGUGGUCUCGCUGCUGCCCGCCCCGUGCAGCCGGUUCCUCUGGAGCCGGCCGGACCAGUACCGCGGCAGCAAGUUCUUCCUGGGAGCCGGCCUAGGGACCCUCUUUGCCCUCGGGGUGACUGCCUUGGGCUGGGCCACGUCCCCCCACUUUCGCUGCGCCACCCUGCUCGUGGGCCCCAAAUUCCUGGGAAAGGAGGGGCGGGUCUAUGUCCUCUCCUUCGUCCUCACCGCCAUCUACAAUGGGCCGGUGGCCAACAUCUGGCACAACCUGAAGGAGGUGACGCGCUCGCUGGGCUGCGUGGCCGAGCUGCAGAUCAACCACAGCCGCCAGCUGUGGCAGUUGUCCGUGGCCCCCCUGCAGAGCCUGAUGGAUGACAUGGCGGACAGCGGAGGGACGCUGAAUGAGGAGAUGCAGAACUUGUCGCACGCCUUCGUGAAGCUCAACGAGGAGGUGGCCAGUGAGGAGGGCUACGACCUGCGGCAGCGCCGGCACCCGGGCCCCCAGCCCGGCCAAAGCACCCAGGAGCUCUUCGAGAAGAAGACCAAACUGCGCUGUGCCCAUGUGAUCGAUCAGGGCAUGCAGAGGUGCCGGGACUGGUUUGACUCCAUGUACAACAAGUGCAUGGAGAAAGUGUAUGUGCCCAUCAUCAGCCACCUCGUCUGCCUGCCCAUGAAGCUCAAGAUCAUCUGCAAGAUUGUCAAGGUCGUGGACAAAUGGUGCCAGAACAGGAUCCCCGUGGAUGGCAACUUUGGGCAGAUGUACGACCAGGUGAACAACUCCGUUGGCAACUUCAGCCAGGAAUUCACGGCCAGUGUCGUCUACCAGGAGUACCAUCAGGAGAUGCUGACGAAGGCCAACAUGUCAGCGAAGCAGCUGAUGGAGGACGUGAACUCACACCUGCAGGAGCACAGCACCCGCCUGGGCUGGGCUGUUUCCUUCUUCCGCCUGGUGCUCUCCUUCACCUUCAUCCUCGUCUUCAUCUCGGCUUUCUCCUACACCAAGAAGUACUGCCAGGACAUCUCCUUCGACAACCUCUACAUCACCACCUACUUCCGCCAAAUCGAUGCCCGACGCAGAAAGCAGCACAAGCGGACGCUGCUGCCCCUGCGCCAGGCAGAGGUCUCAACCGUCAUCUUCCCGUGCCGCGUGGCCGUGCAGCCAUCUGAGAUGAAGAACAUGGUGCUGGAGCUGCUGGAAUGCAUCGUGCCGCUGCUCCUCCUCCUCCUCGCCUGCGUCCUGGACCACGUGCUCGUCACCAUGCUCAGCGUCAUCCAGGAGCACUCCUUCGUGCAGUACUCCUUCCACGGCAGCCACCACUUAUCCGUGCACGUGAUGGGCAGGUCCCUGAUGGCUCGGCUCCUGCGCCGCUCCGUCGGGGCCCUCGACACCUCCUCCCGCAUCGAGCUGGACACGUCCAACGUGGCCUGCCUGCCGCAGCCCCGCAGCAUGCAGUGGCAGGAGUACGCCGACAGCUGCCUGCCCCUGGUCCUGCUGGUGCUGCUCUGCCUCACCCAGGCCUACACCUACCGCCUGCGCCGCGCCAUCGCCGCCUUCUACUUCCCCAAGCGGGAGAAGAGACGCAUUCUCUACUUCUACAACAAGCUGCUGCGGCAGCGGCAGAGCUUCGUCCAGAGGCAGCGGAAGCUGGUUGCCCAGCGGGCACGGCAGCACCCGGGACUGGGUCCGUCGCUGCUGCAGUGGUGCUGCCGGUGCUGGCCGCAACUGCGCUGCUGGUUGCGCCGGAGCUGCACGGUGUGCGGGACCCCCAGGACCCCCCAGGACCGGGUCUGCCCCACACCCACCUGCAGCGCCCCAUACUGCCGGCCCUGCUGGAGGGAGGUGGGCAGAGCGUGCCUCAUCUGCACCCCCGGGGACCCCGGCUUCUCCGAGGAGAGCAGCGAGGAGGACACCGGGUACGCGGCCUGA